GAAAGCAAAGCAUUUACGGAGAACGUACUUUCAAAACAUCAACGUAGAGUGGUGGUGAGUGAAUAAGUUGGUCCUCGCUUGUUUUUACACAAAAUUUAAACAUGGAUGCUCCUCUGAGGGAACAAGUUAUGAUAAAUCAAUUCGUUGUUGCUGCAGGAUGUGCUAGGGAGCAAGCAAAACAAAUUUUACAAUCCGCCCAUUGGCAAUUUGAGACGGCGUUGAGUAUAUUUUUUCAAGAAUCGGCAAUACCAUCCUGCCCGUCGGGGACUGCGCAUUUCGGACAGGUGAUGACUCCUUGCAAUACACCAGCAACGCCGCCUAAUUUUCCAGAUACUUUGUUGGCAUUUUCAAAGUUAUCGGCUGGCAAUGGCAACAAUGCUGCUUGUCCACCAAUGAACAACAAUCCUAGUGGAGCCCAACAACGUCAGUCACCGCAGCCUAUGCAACGAUAAAUCUGCGAUAUAGUGAAUGAAAUACUUGAAUUUAUAUGCUCAUUGGACCUAUUGAAGUGGUAGUCGAUAAGACAAGUUAAUAACAAAUUUAAUUAUUUAUUUCGGUAGAAGCACACAGAUUCUUCACUGUUGUUCUGUGAUCAACGAUGUAACUAUAUCAUAAUAAUAUAGUCACCAUGUGAACUGUUAAAUAUAAUUAAUUUGCCUAUCAUUGAGGCAACCUGUGACAAGUAAGAGACUUCUGUGUGAGUAAAGGUGAAUUUUGAGUUGAGACGUCUACACAUGAAUUUAAAAAGCAAUAAUUUAUUUGUCCCGCAAGAGUGUAGCUUAUUGAAUAAUUGAUGAUUUAUUGAAUUAUUUUCCAGAUUACAUUACGAAUGACAGAGAAGCUGUAAUCUGUAGGGUUUCUUUGUAGAAUUUUUCAUAUCAAAAUCCCCAGUUGCCAUUUGAAAUCAGUCAAGCCAUGUAAACAAAACACAAAUCAUUCCUUGAAAUAUUGUUAAACACAGACUUUCUUAAACAGCAGAAGAAAUCGGCAUAAACGUCAAAUUCAAGCUCAAAAUUGUAUUUAACCCCUCAAAUUUUAUGAUGUCUCAGUUUGAAAUUUUCUAACCUUCUAGUAGGUUUGAGAAUUUAUAAUUCAUCUUUUUGAAGAACAAAAAAGUUUUGUAUACUUUAUCUAGUCUUAUUUUAUAUAUAAAUUCCAUAAUCUAAAUGUUUCCCAAUUCCUUUUUGUGAUUUAGAUGUAAAAUACAUAACUGCUGUGCAAAUACAAUGCAUAGUUUUUUGGGUAAACUUCAAAAUUGAAAAAAAUUUUGAAUAUCUUUUCUAAGACACUUCACUGACACUUCAUUAUAAAUUUCUUUAGAGGAAAAUGGGGAUACAUUUUUUGUUUCAAUUGAAAUCAGUUUUAUUAUACUCAGACUCAUACUAUGCCGGAUUUGAUCAGUAAAAUUCCUAUCAAUAUAUCUAGGAUACUUAAGGUUUCAAAUUUAAAAAGAAAAAAUUUGUGUUUUGGCAUCCAAAAUUUUAAUUUUUCUCUGUUAAAAUAUUUUAUUGCCAAUAUAUUUUUGCAUUUUUUUGGUGCAAACUGGCAGAAUAUUGAAGGUGCUUUCAUAUCUGGUAGGAUAACUGGAUCUGUAAUUAUGUUUUGUUAUUUUGUAAAUAGUAGUUGUAAGUUUGAAUGUUCCCAGGCUGUUUGCCUGCCUUCCUAUUAUUUUAAAUGACAUGAAUUACAAUAAAAUAAAGGUAAUAACAAA